AUGUCCGCCACAAUUGAUUCAAUACUCAGCUCUUUAAGUUUGAAGGAGAAGAUCUCUCUUCUUGCUGGACACACAUUCUCCGAGACCGCUAUCAUACCAGAAAAGGGGGUUCCAUCAAUAAGGACGGCGGAUGGUCCCAAUGGAAUUCGCGCUCCAGCCACGAGUCCGGAUGUGCGCUCAGCGUGUUUCCCAGCUGCCAGUAGCUUGGCAGCCAGUUUUGAUCUCGACCUAGCGAGGCGCUUUGGAGAGGCCCUGGGAGAAGAAGCCAGAGCAAAAAAUGUAAAUUGUGUCCUAGGUCCAACUGUUUGCAUUCACCGUCACCCAUUGGGAGGCCGGAACUUCGAGAGUUUCAGUGAAGACCCUUUGCUAGCAGGUCGACUAGCUUCCCAAGUGAUACAAGGAUUACAGCAGAAGAAGGUUGCAGCAACUAUAAAGCAUUUUUUUGCUAAUGAACAAGAGACCCAAAGAACCUCUGUCAAUGAGACGAUUAGUGAACGCGCGUUGAGGGAGAUCUAUCUCCGUCCGUUCGAGAUCGCCAUCAAGGAGGCCAACCCUUGGGCUGUCAUGACGGCCUAUAACUCGGUCAAUGGGACUCAUUGUGACUCCCAUGAAUUAUUGGAGAAGACUUUACGUGGAAUUUGGAGAUGGGAGGGCCUUGUUAUGAGUGACUGGGGUGGGACAAAUUCGGUAGCUGACGCUCUCAAGGCCGGCUUGGAUCUGGAUAUGCCAGGGCCACCUAGGGUACGCGAGUUGCACCGUGUUAUCGAGUCAAUCGAAAAAGGGGGAAUUUCGAAGAAUACGAUCGAUGACCGAGUACGUGAAGUUCUACGUCUAGGUUUGAAGCUUGAAGACCUGUGGAAAGAUGCCAAUCCAAUUGAAGACAAAGUCCACCAAAGUUGUCAAAACUUGAUACGCGAAGCUGGUGCCCGAAGUAUUGUGCUUUUAAAGAAUGAUCAAGGGAUCCUACCGUUAUCCGUGGAUAAAACGAAAGGGAAGAAAAUUGCUCUGAUUGGAUACGCGAAAAAUGCCCUUGCUCAUGGAGGUGGAAGUGCCAGUGUCAAUGCGCACUACAAGGUUACCCCUGAGAGUGGCCUGAAAGCUGCUUUUGGGGAUGAUGUUGAGUUCUCCUACGCAAAGGGUGCCCAUUUUGAACGUUUAUUACCACCACUUUCUUUAGAAGGCACAUUUGGCACUGUGGUCGGCCUGGAUGGUGCUCCUGGCUUCACACACCAGCUUUUCGAUGCAGCUACAGAAGAGCUAGUUAUAAAAAAAGACGGAUGUCCAUUGUCUGUUUAUUCGCCCCUUGGCUCUAAUGAGUCUCGUGAUAAGGUUGUCGAGAUCAUUGGCGACUUCACACCACUUGAGACAGGGUCGCACUACAUCGCCAGCUCUGGAUUUGGACCCACUCGGGUAUUUAUCAAUGAUGAAAAGAUUUUCGAGCAGAAGAAUAAUACUGCAGACCCUAUGGGAUCUCUAUUUAACGCUGCUCCAGAGCCCGAAUCGCGGUAUUCUUUCAUGGCAGGCCGGACGUACCGUAUCUGCCUGCGCACAGAGCCACCAAGAAACAUUGGGUUACAAAUAUUAGAAGGACGCAGUGGGGGCCGACUUGGAUUCUCACCUGAAUCUAUCCAUGAUGCAGAUCUGAAAAUGGAGGCUGCACAGGUGGCAGCGAACGCGGACUUCGCAAUCGUGUUCACUGAUGGACUCAUCUCUGCUGUUGCUGAUGUGAAUAAGAAUGUUAUUGUCGUCAAUUCAACAGGUGUCGCGGUAGCUAUGCCAUGGCUCAAUAAGGUGAAAGGCAUAAUGCAAUCAUGGUUCCUUGGUCAGGAAUGCGGAAACGCGAUUGCCGAUGUUAUCACUGGUGCCGUGAACCCCGAAGGCCAUCUUCCUGUUAGCUUCCCUCGCUCUAUUGAAGAUGCUCCUGCCCACGGAAAUUUCCCAGGAACCCAUGUUGAUGGCCAGCUUCAGGUUAACUAUGCGGAGGGGGUUUUCGUUGGCUACCGUCAUUAUGAUAGAGGAUCCCCAGACGCUCUGAAUUUUUCAUUUGGCCAUGGACUUUCCUAUACAAAAUUCAGUUCCCGGGAUUUGAAGAUCCUAGAAAUCAACAAGGAAAGGCUGAAUGUAUCGGUCGAGGUAAUCAACCUGGGACCAGUCCCUGGACGAAGUCUAAUCCAGCUUUAUUUGGGCCGGAAAGAACAUACGAAUGAGCAUCCUAUUCGAACCUUGGCUGGAUUCAAACAGGUUUGGGUCGAAUUGGGGGGACAAGAGACUGCAGAACUCUGUAUCAAUCUAAGAGAUAUCUCGUUUUACGAUGAGAAGCGGGACGGCUGGAAGAUUGACGCAGGAGAAUAUCAUUUGCAACUGGGAUCGUCCUCGGCGGAUAUUUUGGAAACAACGGAUAUCUUAUUAUUGGAGAGCUUUUGGAAAUUGUGA